AUAAUGAAUGAAAAGUAAUCACAAUAGUUGGGAAUUUUCGAAAGUGAAAAUAAAAGAAAUUAGAUUAAGUUAAAGCGCUUGUUUUGACUGUAUACAAGAAAUAAAUUGAAAAGCGAAAAUGAAAAAUAAUUACAAGCAGUUGUUGUCUAAAUCGCCAAGCGAAUCGUCAGUUUUCAAGCGAUCAGCAAGUCAUUCGUUACGAUCAUCGUUUCGGUUACCUAAAAAGCGUAGUAAUAUUCAUGCUACAACUUGCAGUAAUUCGUUGCCUUUAUUUGUGCCACCCAAAGCAGCUGCAAUAUUAGAAAUUAAUUUACCACCUACAAACCUCAAACCUUUAAACAAAAACAUUGAAUUAAGUCAGCUACCUGACACCAUGAAAGUUGCAACGAUUCGAAAACGAUCAGUAUGGGCAAAUAGUUCAGCAAAAAUCAGCUUACCAUCCUACCUUGAAGAUGAUCAUCAACAGAAUUUACCUGCAAUAACUCAAAACAUGAUGCAAACAAAAAGAAUAAACAAUAACAAAAAUAUGUCACAAAGCAACAGCUCAGAUAAUAGCGAUGGAUCAGGAAUACUCAGGGAAAUUAAUAAAAAUACUUCAUCAUCAUCCGAACAGUUUAAAUUGAUCAAGAAACAUAAAUUUGGGCACGCAAUGAAGAAGCCUGAAGGUAACAUUUUAAGUGCAAUAUUUGAAUGCAUUGAAAAUGAUCAAGUUGAUCAAUUGAAAGAAUUAUUGGAGAAGAAUGGAAAAUCAGAAAUUAAUUCAACAAACAGCGAUGGAUUCUCGUUUCUUGACGUCGCCGUUUUAUUAGACAAUCAUCGAAUGAUUAAAAUUCUCCUCGAGCAUGGCGCCAAAGAAGGAAAUAAUUCUCAUGAAAAUAUUGAAACAAAUUUAAAUUCAUUGAUAUCUGCUUUGGAACAGAGACUUUGCCAAUAUUCAACUUCAACAUCGUCGUCAUCUGUGAUGCAUGACAAUGAGAAAGAGAAACCGCAACUUGAUAAAAGAAUAAAAGUUUUGAGGAAAAUGCUCAACGGUUGGCUGGGUUUGAGAAUUCCUGACUCACCAUUUUCAUUCUCUGUCGAUGUCGUCGGAACAACUUCAGUAUUAAUUAAAAUUCUGCAACCAAUUGAGAACUUUAUUUGCACGAAAAUUAAAGUUCAAUAUUCGUCACGUGAAGAUUUCAGUAUAAUAAUUGGCGAAAAAGUGAUCAAUGAGUGGAAAGAUUUUGAAGGAACGAUGGGAGUAAAUUUCCAAUUAAAUAAUUUAAUUCAAGGUCGAAGAUAUUUCUUCAGAGCAGCGAGUGGAAACUUGAAAGGGUUUGGGAAUUUUAAAUCAUGCAAUCCAACAAGCAUUGUACCAUCUUCGUGGCGAGACAUCGCUGGUGAUUCAGGAGAAUAUAAAAAGACUGCCGAUCAGAAAGAAACUUUCGAGAGAAUUUCCAACUUUUUGACUCUUUCAAAGAGAGAAAAUCAAGACGAUUCAGCUCCAAGACGAAAUCAUAAAAAGAAAACGACAAUCAAACAUUUAUUCACUGCUACAUCAAAGUUUCAGAAAACAAUUAAACGAGGAAUUCAUUUGGCAUGCAUUUGUUACUUUGAUGAUAAAAUUCUCGUGACGAAUGAAGACUUCAUUCCUGUCAUAGAAAUUGAUGAAACUUAUCCAAGCAAUCUCAACAAUGAUUUUUACUGGUUGAUGAAGAUUUCAAUGUCAUGGGAUUGUGUUAAAGAUCUAAGAGACGACAUGGAGAAAAACGCAUUAACAAAAGUUCAAUUUCGAUGUAAAAUGUUAAAUGCGAUUUAUCAAAUGCAAAUGGCACUUGGAACGACUGACUUGGGAGAGUUUUAUUAUAAACCUUUGAAGGAUUCUGAUGGCACGAUUAUUCUAAGUUGUGUGUUGAAUGCUAAGAAGACAACAUCGACAAUGAAUUUACGAUUCAUUCCACUCAUUAAAUUGCAAAGAAAAAUAUCAUGUGGCCUUGAAGAUUCCAAUUCAAUUACCAAUAUAAUUUUAAGUUCAAUGGCAAGCCAAAUCAACUAUCACCAAGCUUCACGAACGAGACUUUCAAAAGGACUUUAUUUAGGAUAUUUAAAAAUGUUCAGUUCAUUUGACACUAUUCAGAUUGUAUGUCAGGCGAAAACUCCCAACGUACUUCCCAACUGCAAAAUCAGAGACAAUCCACAUGUGUCUGCUGAAGAAUGGUCAGCAUUAAUACCAAAAGAAUCUCAAAAAACCAAAUCAUCACUUUUCGAUUUAAACAGCAAAGGAACGAAUUUAACACCAGCACAACAAAUUUUUAUUGACAGCUUAAAGCUUUCAUUGAAUCGUCUUUUCAAAUUUAUGAAUAUCUCACCUGAAUCAGCUGUUCAACACAGACUUUACGAUGUUGAAAUCAUUGAACUUGACUCUGAUGUCACUUUUCUUCUUAUCUGUGCUCCACUAGCAGAAAAUUCAAUUUUAACUCGAGAUCUUCAAAGUGAUCAACUAAACUUGUCAUUGAAACGAAGUGACUUGCUUUGUCUUCCAUUGAUAGCACAUGAAAUGCUUCAAUUUAAUGUUUACCAACAUGAAAUUAUUCGAAAAUAUGCGAGAUUGUCGUUCUUGAUAGAAUUUGAAAUAAUUGUUGCUAAUAUGAAGCAUCGUGAAGCGUUUUCAAAUAAUGAAAUGGUUGUGGCGAAAGAAAGGCUGAUAAAAUUACAAGAAGUGAUGAAUGAUUUGAAUGUCGCAUGGAAAAGUUAUCGAUGGAUGAUGAACGCAAUAAACUUUUCACGAACGAAAGAACAGAAAAGUGGAAUUGAUUUGAAAACAAUUCUCCAGUUCAGUCACUCAAGUUUGAACAACGAGAGAGUGAAGCCAAUUACUCAACUUUUCCCAACGUAUAAAAGUCCUAUUCGUGGAUCAUGGUCGGGACCACAGAAUUUCAGUGGUAAAGGAUCAGACAUUUUCAUGUUUGGUGAGCAUUCAAAGUCUGAACAAAUUCUCAAUAGCAAUGACAAGCGAUCAUCAGCAAUCAUAAUUCAAAGCAAUUUAAAAAGAGACUCGGAAUCAAAUUAUUUCUCGUCAAAUGAUAAAGGAAUGUUUGUGAUUCCACGAUUGCCAACGUCAAAAUCUGAAGAUACUCUCGUUGUGACAAGAAAGAAAGGAACGACAAAAAAUGUUCAUCAGAGAAAACGUGCAACGACAAUCAACACAAAUUCUAGCGGUGAAUCGUCAAAUGAUGGUCACAAGCCCAACGGUUUGAUUGUUCAUCGUGUCAACAACACGCAGUAUGCUAAUGAAAUUCCAUCAAUUGAUGUCCCACCAAAUAUUCAAGAAGAAUCCACAACACCAAGUAAAAGUAAGCUUCGAGUGUCGCAUCAUCCGAAGAAGAAAGAAAUGGAAAAGUGCAAUUUUGAAGCUAACGAAGAAUCAACUUUAGUGACGUUUCUGAAGCCAACAUUAACAGCAAUCCAAAAUGAAGCUCAAAAUAACAGUUUUAAAGAUCCAUUACUAAUAGUCGAAGACGAAGCUAUCGAAAUGAUCAGCUCUCCCUUUCGAAAAGCUCCGGUUGAACACCACAAAUCAUAUUCAGGCAAACUUCAGUUCAUCCGGAGCAAUUUACACAGCCAAAAUGUACAAUCAAUUUGCCAAGACACAGAAGUUGAAUCAACUAAUUGGCGAGCCUUCAAUGUUUUUAAAAAAGUUGAAAACACAAAUGAAACGUCAACUUUCACGUCCCAACAAUCGGAUUUCGAGAUUGAAGAAAAUUUAAGCGAUCGUGAAUAUGUCAAUCAUGCAGCGAUGCCUGAAAGUAAUGGUUCGAUUCUGCAUGUUAUCGCUGCGUAUCAAACUGGUUUAGCUUCGGGAACUUCUCUCAAACUUAAAUGUCAACAAAAAACGACAGCAAAAGAAGUCAUCGAGUUGGUUGUUAAACAACUAAAUAUGGCGGUAAUAAUGAAAGGUAAAGAAGGUCCAAUCUAUGAAGCCGACAAGCUCGAUGAUUUUUGUUUAGUUGCUGUUAUUGGCGCAAGAGAAAGAUGUCUGCGACCUGACUUCAGACCACUUGAAUUGCAAAAUCCAUGGAGAAAGGGAAAACUUUUUGUUCGCUUAAAGCACGAUUUGUUAGCGGCAAUUGAACAUUCCAAUCGCGAAACAUUUUCCAUUUAAAAUGAUAACCAAUUGAUUACUUAUCUGUAAUACUAAUUAUAAAUGACUUUAUUUUUAUAUUUUUAUAUCAAAUAAACUAAAUGUUGAAAUCAUAAAAUAAUGUUUCAUUCUAUUGUCUUCUUUGUACGAUCAAUACGUUUUCCAUCGACUUCUUGAGGUCCCCAGCGACCUGACGGCCUCAAUAAUUCAAUGAAAGUUGUCUUUCCCUGAUGAAUAGCAAGAAGAUUUUUAGUUGUGUAAAAGACAAAUGGAGUCAACGUUAUCAUUCCAAACAUGUAUCCAAGUAAAUCAGACCACCAAGGAAACUCAUAAGUACCAACCACUGUUGGCUUCAAAUCAGUAAAAAUGAAGACAAGAACAGCGAAAAGUGUCAAAGGUGUCAAAAC